CGCAGGCGUACAAAUCUGUUUCCUGCCAUCUGUCACCGUUCCUUUCCCUUUCCAUCAAAAUUAUUCCCAUUCUCCUCAGUCGCCAUAUCUAAGGCGAGACGUACUAGUGUUUUCCCGCAAGUUUUCGUCGGUUUCGACGACCGGGGAGUUUCCUGCUCCCUUUUCGACUUUUCUUGUCCGACUUUUUCCCAGAACCAUCCGACUAUUGGAAAUAAUAAUACAUUUAAGGAUUUUCCCUUGGUAUCUAGUAAACAUGGCAUUUUAAAAGAUGUCAGCCUUUACGUCAAGCAACGCUGCCACUCCUUUUGGAGGAGCACAGGGCUUCCAAAUAAUCCCAGCUUUAGCUUUUAAGACUGGAGGAGAUGGAGAAGAAAAAGAACCGGAAUAUGCCAAAUUCAUCCAGGAGUUCCUUUGGGAAUGAAUCCAAGAAAGUCCAAGAUGCUGCAACCAAUAAGCUUGGAUCUCGUGUCACACCUCGACGACGUGAGCCUUCCUGCGGAUUUACCAAACCCAAUGAAACCAACAGAAAGAGCCAACCACCACGUAACACCAAGACUUUCGAUAAGCGUCCCAAACCUCGUGGAUAUUAUUAUGCUGGCGCUGUACCUAGAAAUGAGGAAGCCGGCCUAGAAGAAUUUGAUGAGCCAGAAUUGGGUUCAGUUUUUUUACCAGGCAGCAAAAAGCAAAGCCUAAACCAUUUAUUGAAUUUUUCAUUUGCUCCCAGGGAGAAUGCUCACCAAGGCUCUUACUACCACCCUGAAAGGGUUGAUGGUAAUAAGAAGGGUGAAAAAUUGUUGGCCACCAGAAAGCACAAAUAUAAUAAAGAACAUUUUUUACAAGCCAAUUGCCAGUUUAUUGUCAACGAAACAGGAGACUAUAAACAAUACCUGAAUAAUCCUGAUGCUCUAGUUAACUGGGAUCUAGUAGAACAAGUGAAUGUUCAAGUAAAUGAAGAACCAUCAUGCCCAAUUUGCCUCUAUCCACCAGUGGCAGCAAAAAUGACAAAAUGCGGUCAUGUUUAUUGCUGGCCUUGCAUUCUUCAUUAUUUGGCUCUUUCUGAUAAGCCAUGGCGUAAAUGUCCUAUUUGCUAUGACGCUAUUAAGAAAAAUGACCUUAAAAGUGUGGUAGCUAUUCCCCAUAAAACCUUUUCUCAAAAUGACAGAAUUACCUUCAAACUAAUGAAGAGACUGCGCGGCAGCCUCACAGCUUACCCUGCCGAUGCUGUAGUCCCUCUAGAAGACAGCAUUUUCAAAAUAUCAGACCAAAACAACCAAACCCGUUUUUCAAAAUUAUUUUUGGCUGAUAAAAACGAUAUUGAAGAAAUUAUUGGUAGGGAAACCAGGGAAUUAGAUAUCUUGAUGGCGGAAGAUGAUAAUUGCCCCGAAAUAUGUUUCAUAGAAGAAGCCAAACAGUUUUUGGAGUCACGGAAGAAUCAGAUUUUGGCAAACGAAAGUAUAAACAUUGACCAAAUCGAUACCAACUUGGAUGUUUUUAUCAAUCAGAAUCUAGCUGAAGCAGAUGCAGGACCUCAAAUGCCCAAGUUUUUUUAUUUUUAUCAAGCUGAAGACGGACAACAUAUCUAUUUACAUGCUAUCAACGCCAAGAUGUUGGAACAUACCUAUGGUUCACUGGAGUUUUGCCCUAAAACAUUGGAUGGUCGCAUUUUAGAAAAAGAAGGCGGUUCAAUGACUGAAGAACUACGCAAAAAACUGAGAUAUCUGCAGCAUUUACCUGUAACAUGUCAAUUUGAGGUGGCUGAAAUUAAGCUUAGUGAACCACAAGUCAAUCAGGAAACUUUGGAUUAUUUCAGAGAUCAAAUUGAACUGAGGCGAAAAAGACGUCAGAGGCGCGCCAAAGAAGAAAAGAAGCGCGAAAAACGAAUUGAAGCGGAAGAAAACAAAAUAAUUGGCAUAUUUGAUUCUCCUGAAUUACAAUUGGAUAGCAGAGACCAAUUUCCGGAUGUUAAGCAGUCUCAUGAUAUGUUCCCAGAUUAUUUAGAUCACAGACUAAGAUCAGAGUCAGAAUCUACUUUCAUGACUCACAGUGAGAGAAGCAUUUCACCAGAUUUGGCCUCAUCUAUAUCUGGCAUGUCUUUGGAGAAUACACAUUCUGGCCCCUCAUUUGCAACUAUGCUAGCCUCUGAAAAUAAACCAUCUUGGCCUACACUGAAAGCUAAACCUACCAAUCAGCCUUCUUCAGCUCCAGUUAAGCUUAUUACCGUUACUGGUCCUAAGAUGUCGAGUGUCAAUGUAGCACACUGUCCUAGUGAUGGGGAUGUUGAGCAAGAUGGCGAUUUUGGACCAGUUCCUGAUUUUAAUAGAAGUUUUGGUGAUGCACUUGCUGAAGCAUUAGCUAAAGAGCUAGAUGUUGUGGGAGAGGCCGAAAAUGAUGUUUCCACAGCAUCAGGCAGAAAGAAGAAAAAGAAAAACAAGCAAAAGUUACUGUUCUCAACUCGCAUGGCUUACCCAGGAAAUUAACUUUUUUUUAAUUAUAUCUUUUAAAUAGAUAAAAAUUCUAGUUUGGCAAUUGUCAACCAAAACUUAAUUGUUAUAGAUUGUUUCAGGCUUU